GGCUGGGGGGAUGGCGCGGACCCCGGGGCCGGCACCGCCGUAUCCCGGAGGCGGCAAAGCACAACUUUCCUCCACUUCUCCCCCCGGAGCCCAGCUCCUCCCGCUGCCGCCGCUGCUGCUGUUGCUGCUCUUCCCGCUGUUCUUCUUUUCCCGGUUCUGCGGUGCCUUAGCUGGACCAAUUAUUGUGGAACCAUAUGUCACAGCAGUGUGGGGGAAGAAUGUUUCAUUGAAGUGUAUAAUUGAAGUAAAUGAAACCAUAACACAAGUUUCAUGGGAGAAGAUUCAAGGCAAAAGUUCACAGACUGUUGCAGUUCAUCAUCCUCAAUAUGGAUUCUCUGUUCAGGAGGCCUAUCAAGGGAGAGUGUUAUUUAAAAAUCAUUCACUUAAUGACGCAACAAUUGUUCUCCGCAAUAUAGACUUUUCUGAUUCAGGAGAAUAUAUAUGCAAAGCGGUUACCUUCCCAUUGGGAAAUGCACAGUCAUCUACAACUGUAACGGUACUGGUUGAACCCACUGUGAGCUUAAAAAGGGGCCCAUACCCUUUAAUUGAUGGUGGAAAUGAAACAGUAGCAGCCAUUUGUACAGCAGCUACUGGAAAACCAGUUGCACAGAUUGAUUGGGAAGGUGAUCUUGGUGAAAUGGAAUCCACCGUAACUUCUUUUCCAAAUGAGACUGUGACAAUCGUAAGCCAAUAUAAGCUUAUUCCAACCAAAUUUGCUCGAGGAAGACGUAUUACUUGUGUUGUGAGACAUCCUGCUUUGGAAAAGGAAAUUCGAUAUUCUUUUAUGCUGGAUAUACAAUAUGCUCCUGAAGUUUCAGUCACAGGGUAUGAUGGGAAUUGGUUUGUUGGAAGAAUGAAUGUUAAUCUCAAGUGUAAUGCUGAUGCAAAUCCACCACCUUCACAGUCUAAAUGGAGCAGGUUGGAUGGACAGUGGCCUGAUGGUUUAGAGACUUCAGAGAAUACUUUGUAUUUUGUCAAUCCACUGACUUACAACUACUCUGGUGUUUAUAUCUGUAAGGUUACAAAUUCCCUUGGCCAACGAAGUGCCCAAAAGAUCAUCUACAUAUUAGAUCCUCCUACUACUACCACCCUACCACCUACAGUUCAGUGGCGUUUCUCAACAGUUGAAUUCGAAGAUGUAGAUGCACCACCUAAAAAAUUGCCUUUCCCAUUAUCAACUUUGGCAACAAUUAAGGAUGGCACAAUUGGCACCAUCAUCGGUGGUGCAGUGGGUGGGGCUCUCUUCCUGAUACUUGUAAGUGUUUUGGUUGGAAUAUUCUUCUAUAGGAGAAGACGGACGUUUCGUGGUGACUACUUUGCUAAGAACUACAUUCCACCAUCGGAUAUGCAAAAAGAAUCGCAAAUUGAUGUUCUUCAUCAAGAUGAGCUUGAUUCUUACCCUGACAGUGUAAAAAAAGAAAAUAAACAUCCAGUUAACAAUCUAAUAUCUAAAGACUAUUUAGAAGAACCUGAAAAAUCUCAGUGGAACAAUGUAGACAAUCUGAACAGGUUUGAAAGACCAAUGGAUUAUUAUGAAGAUAUAAAAAUGGGAAUGAAGUUUGUUGGUGAUGAAAGUUAUGAUGACAACGAAGAUGACUUAGUUUCACAUGUAGAUGGUUCAGUAAUUUCCAGGAGGGAGUGGUAUGUUUAGCAACCACUAAAUGAAAGUGACUCUGUACAAUGUUUCAUUCAUUUUAGUUGAUCAUUUUCAGAUUGUUCAUACUUUUUCUUGAAGGAAGAAUAAGCUUUUUGAAGUUGAUUUUCAAGCUUUUUAUAUUCUAACUUGACAAAUGGAAAUGUAAAAUCUAGGUUAAAUGUAUCUGAGCUGCUUUAUAUUUUUUUUCAAUGCUGUACUACUGUCUCAAGAUUUGAAUUUUAAUGCAGAGUACUUUAUUGGUCUGUGGCACAGGUAAGAAGAAAAUUGUUAACUUAAAAGUUAAAUGUAUAAUUUGUUUUGGUACAAAAAUUAAAAAAAAGCAACUACUUUUGGCAUCGUGUAUUAAAUGUUUACUUAAGACUAUGUUCUCGGAUUUGUGAAAAACAUAUACCUCUUGAUUUCAAAGGUUUUCACCAUCAAAUAUCAUUACAUCAAAAUUGACUCUUAGAUUUGUUCAAGCAUUAUUUUUUAUGUAUUCAAAAAUAUGCAGCCUGAUGAACCAUUUUCCCUUUUAAAAAGUGUUUUCUAAGGUUAACAGAAAAGGAAUGAAUACCUCUUCAUUUUAAAUGAGCCUUGCCAUGGUGACUAUAGAGUCAGGUAUACUUCUAAAGAUGCUUUGCACUGAAACUAUUAGUUGACUAAAUGAAUGGGGUUUAGUUAACUAAAAUUAAUAGGAUUUUUUGUAAUACCAUUACCCUUUAUGGUUUUGUUCUUUAAAAAGCAUAUAAGAGCUAAACAGAAUAGAAAUUCUUAAAUAAUUUUGCAUAUGCUUUAGUUUCUGGAGAGUAAAAAAUGAUGCCAUAGUGAUAUUAACAUUAGUUAUGGUACAGUAAGUGCCAAAUCUAUCUUUUGCUUCUUAGCUACUUCCAAAAUACCUUCUUGUAGAGGAAUAAUCUAUGAUAGAUUGUCAGUUCUAGUGAGGUAUAGACCAGAUCUGGUUAUAAUAUGCAAAUAAGAAAAAUAUAUUCUGAGUUAAAGAUUUUAUGUAUUUUGUAGACUUAUUUGUUUCCAGUCAAUUAAGGUUGACUUUAGUCAGAGGUGAAAGAAAAAUACCAAGAUCUUAAGGAUCCCAAAGUUACAAUAUUUGGAUUGUCUGUAGUCUGUAAAUUGUAGGACUAGUAGAAAAUUUCAUACCUAACCCAGUUUGCCAGAAUAUUUUCCUAAAACUUUUUCCCCCUGUGUGCUUUUAGAUCAGUGUUUGAAAAUUAUUGAGUUUUUCAUUUAAAGUCAGCAUAACAGAUAUAACAAGUAUUUCCUUUUCUGAAGUAUGUGUAUUUGAGAAGGUAAUUUCAUCCAAAUCUUCAAAUAUUGAUUUUCUUCAUGAAAUAAUUAAAAUUUAAAUGUUUCUACAGUGAAAACCUGGAAUUAUCAUAUAAUGGCUUAUAUAUUAUGCAGUCCAAAGAACUCAUUUUGUGAUUUAUUAACUGACAAGGUAAUAUCUGGGAUUUUCUUUGUUUAUUUUUAUUUUUACUUUAAAAAAAACUAACACUAAAGGAAAUAGAUAAUCUUGUGAUUGGAAAAGCAAUAUAGAAGUAUUUUUUGAAUUUUGUUUGCUUUGAGCAAGGCUUAGGAAACUAUGAACAAAAAGUUAUGGUUAUAUGGAACAGAUUCAUUUGAAAAGAUUUUAUAAUGGUUAAAACCUAAAAGCAAGUUUGUGAAUAUGGAAUAAUUACUGUGACUUUUACCUUAACUUUUUUGAGGGAGUGAAAAUUGAAAAUUAGUAUUUCCCUUUCAAUAAAAUACUGGAAGUAUAAUAUCAGGCUAAAGUUAGACAUGUAUAUAGUUUAUAAACACCUGUCAUUGAAAGAUUUUCUUAUAAAUUAAGUACUAAUAAGCAUAAUACAAUAUCCAAAUCACUAGAAAAUAUGGAUUUUGAACAAUACAAAAGUUAACCAAUUUUGCAAAUGUGUAUUUUUUUUUAGUUGCAAAAACACCUCAAGAUGACCUACAGUAUUUAGAGCUUUACAACAAAUACAGUAUCUGUAUUUUAAAAAUAGACAGUGCACUGUGAUUGAAGUAAAUAUUUUGAAGGGAAAAUUAGUGACUCCAUGCUUAAACUGCUGGUGUUUUGACCCCCCCCCUCCCCCCAAACACACACAAAGAUAGAUCUGAACUCUUUAUCAGUUUAAGAGAUAAUGGUUUUGGCUUCUUGUUUGACCAAAGUUUCCUAUUUAGAACAAUCACAAACCAGAUACUGUACAUAAUUCUCAACUUGGGAGUAACGCUAAACAAAUGUAUAAUGUAGUUCUAAAACUAUAUUUCAAAUGUUCAAAGAUUACAAUUUACUAUAUUAUCUUUGAAAGAUAGCUUGUUGUCUUAGGAAAAAAAUGAACUACUUAUUGUGAACUCACUUUUUCAUGUGGGAUAUUUUGCGCCUUCUAUAAAUUUAAGGGAUUUUUGUAAUAUUCAGACCUUUGAGUAUUUGCUACACUCAGUGUAUCUUUCACCAAUUUAAAUAAUUUGGUAAACUUUACAGAGUUUCAGAGCUUAAGUUCAGACUGAUGAUACUCGUGUUAACUUUCAAAAGCAUUGCAGUGUUGUUUCCUACGACAUUAUGUAUGUUUGCUGUAAAUAGAGACCUGAUUGUAAACAUGAAUAGUUGUGUGAAAUAAACAUUUUUGUUAAAUUAA